AUGGCUACGAGGCAACCGGAGUACUCCAACAUUGGGAGUCCUCAUCAGGAAAACGUGCGAGACGAUGCAAGCACUGAUGCGAGCGAGUCACUGAUGGGCCACGGGGAGAAGAGCUGGGACGAGCUGCGUGAGGCUGGCCGCCUGAGGCAGAGCAGGUGGCAACGAAGCCGCGCCGCUGUUUUCUCAUGCCAGGGUCUGCUCAACACCCUCCUCUUGUUUGUGAUCCUUGGCCUGCUCGUCGACCGGCGUUACCACCAGGAGAAGUAUGGUCAUUUCGAGGGCAGUGGCGAUAUCUCUGGAUUUGCGCCUCAAGUCUCCCAGCAAAUAAAGACCUUCGUGCCUGACCUUGGAUUCGUCCCGGAGAACGGAACAGAGUUCUUCACGGAAGAGGUGAGGCAGAAGUGGCUCGGCAUCGUACCGAAAGGUCUAGGUUACGUCGAAGUUCAUGACCCUUCCAAGUACGACAACCUGCCGCCACGCCCGCUCGAGGGCCCGAACAUCAAGAACACGGUCUACACUACCAGCGUCACACAUCAGCUCCAUUGCCUCUACAACAUCGCCCAGGUCUACUCGGGCCUCAACUCGGAUCCCAGCCUGAUACCCGAGCAAAUGCAAGGACAUCUACCUCACUGCUUCGAGUACUUGCGGCAGACCAUUAUGUGCUGCGGCGACACGGCCCUCGAAGGCCAGCAGACUACCUUCCCCGAGGGUUUUAUCGGCAGCGACGGCUGGGAUGCCAAGCACGUAUGCAAGGACUACGACGCAAUCUACAGGCACCUGGAGGAGAACCGAGCUGACAACGAGGUCUGGAUCUAA